GUAUAAUUAAAAAUAAUGUCAACAAUAAAGGCAUCUCGUCACUUCUUGGUGGGCGUCAGAGUAUGUCCAUGCGAACAGGGACACUCGCGGCUGUGGAAGGUGAAGGAGAAGCGCUGCAUCCAAUCCAUCCACCAACAAGAGCCCUCCGUCUUUGACUAUGUUUUCGACGAGAAGACCACCAACCAGGAGGUGUUCGACAAGAUGGCCAAGAAAAUAGUUCAGUUCUUCGUGAAGGGAGUCAGCGGCACUAUAUAUGUAUAUGGCCAGACCUCGACGGGAAAGCGGUAUACCAUGGAGGGUGACGGCUCGAAUGUGGGACUGAUGAAGCUGGCCGCCAAGGAGAUCUUCCAGAUGAUUCCGGAGGAGAAGGAUCGCACCUUUCUGCUGCGCGUCAGCCAUAUCGAAAUUUAUAACGACAAGAUCUACGACUUACUGGAUAAGAAGAAGCAGGACGUUAAGAUGCAAGAAUCCGGAGGCAUUCUCCAUAUGAGUUGUGAGGAAUGCUUCAUAUCCUCGGAGAAUGAGCUCCUGCAGGUGCUGAGGACGGGCAUGAGACAGCGCCGCAUGAAUGGCCGACCUAACCGUUCCCAUGGCAUUUUUCGAGUGCUUUUGGAAUCACGCAAGAGCGACGGUACCGAGGACAAAGCUGUGAAGCUUAGCAUUCUGAACAUGGUGCAGCUGGCUGGUUCCGAAAAAGGGGCCCAAACGGGCGCCUCAGGAGACGAGUGCCAAGUCAACAAGAGCCUCUUCCAUCUUAAAACCGUAAUGAAAAAAGUAGUUGACCUGCAGAACCACUCAUCAGAAGAGCUCAUUAGCAAGCACAUCAGUUUCCGCGAGUCCAAGCUAACUCGCAUCCUUCAGGCAUCGCUCACAGGCCAUGGACUCACUUCCGUGAUCUGCACCAUCAGGCCUUCCGUCUUGACAGAGUCUCAGUCCACAAUCAGCUUUGGUUUGACGGCCAGGUUGAUCAAGACAGAUAGUUCCGGGCAUGAAGUGGCAUACAAGGAUACGGCGAUGCGACGAAUUAACAGCGACAUCGAUGAUCUUAAAUACCAGCUUAAUCAGGAGCAGCGCAGGAAUAACCACUACAAGGUGGCAGAGAUAGAGCGUUCCAUUGAACGGGAGUCUACCAAGAUAAUUUCAACCACAUCGCUGACCGACAAAUGCCACCAAAAGCGACGACGCACUCCAUGCCCGAGCUCGCCUGAUAGAAGUAAUGAUACGGACUCAGUUGCCGAGAAGGGCGGACUUUCUCAACCCACAUCGAGGAUCGCGAAGAUACAAAUACCCAUUCCCAAACUUACUCGCCUACCUAGCCGGUUUAAUUUUGCUGCCCCGACUUUCCAUUCUGCGUCACCGGAUGUGACUCCGGCUCCAGAAGAAAAGGCCAAAGUCAAAACCCCAACAAGGGAACAGAAGGACUCGAAAAACGAUGCCCUGCUGGCCGAGAUUAACGCCCUCGCUGUGUCCAACCAGUCAGCGAAUGUGAAGAUCCAGAGGUACGAGGACCAGGUGAAGGCAUUGAAGCAAACCAUCGCUAAAUUGGAGAUGGAUCGCUCGGAGGCAUUGGGCCUGUCACGUCGCCUCCAGUGCCGCGAGAAGGACUUGCUGUCUCAGAUCACGGAUAAGGAUACGACUAUAGAGCGUUUGCAGGAGACCCUCGACCAGCUGUCGCGCGAGGUGCUGAACCAGAGCAAGGAGGAACAACUGCGCUCAUUGUGCCCCGAUCUGCAGGCCUGCUUCGAGCGAAUCUGCCGGAAAUGUCAGGAGCUGGGACACCUGCUGCCCGCCGCCGACGCCAAGGGCAUGGAGGUGAUUGCCUGCGAGUGCGACAAGCUUCGUGCGGAGAUCUUUGCCAGUCGUUCGAAGCUGGAGAGUGUCCAGGCCCAGCUCCGUCAAGCCAAUGACGAGGUGACUGAGAAGUCUGACUUUUGCCAGAAACUCUCGCGUUCAAUAUCCUCGGCGCAGGAUGAGUACGGGCAGCUGCAAAGCCGGUACGAUGAUCUGGAGCAAAAGUGGAAGCGUCAGCAGGAGGAGAUUAAGGCCUUACAGGGGGAAUACGAGAAAAUCCAGAGAAAGUAUCAACAACUGCAGGUGGAUUACAAGAAGGAAAAAGGGUCUGGGAAACAAAGAAGUGAAUUGCAGGCCAAGAAUACACAGCUUCUGAAAGAGAUCGAAACUCUAAAGACACGAGUUGAGGAAACUCAACAGCAGCUCGACAAGUCCAUGAACUUUGAAACUGUUGCGAAGGAUUUCAAGGCGGAGAAUAGGAAUCUCAAAGACCAACUGGCGAACCUGAAUACCGAAUACGAUAACCUUCAGAAGGAAUUCGAAUGCCUCUCCACCCAGCUGGUUGAUAGUGUCCAGGAGAACGACAGCCUGCAGCAGAUGAUUAAACAGCAGUCGACUUGCAGUGUGGAAUUGGAUAUCGAGGAUGAAGAGGAGUUUAACGUAAGGCGGGAGUUUGCCCAGCUUGCCGACGUGAUCUUCCAGAUCGAGCUCCAUGCAGAAUCCGAUUUCUGCUGCCUCUUCACUUCCACCAAACUGAAAGGGAGUCAGAACAACAAUCUUAUGCGCCUUAAGCUCUACUUGGACUCAGCCAAGUUCACUGAGGAUAAGGAAGGUGGUUUCGGUAUCACCUCUGCUACGGUCUUCAACGGCCUGAUAAAGCAACACAAGUUCAGUUUAGUUCGAAUGAGCCAAAAGCAACUUGAGGAGGAAACUGGCGAGGAGGUGCACCUCUUGAAAAUGGUGUCCAAGCUGGAAAAGCAGAUUCUUUGCAAGAAUGAAUUGUUGGCGGAUAAGACGUCCCAGGUGAAUGACUUACGAAAGCAGAUACGAACAAUCACAAAAACAUUAGAGGAGAAACGGGAGUCCGGUGGAGGCAAUACGCCUAGUCCCGAUGAGGUGACCACUCUGAAGGAAUCCCUGAAAGAACUGCAAACUAAAUUGUGCCAUCUGCAGGAACAGGUGGAGAGCCAGUUGAAUCAGAUGCUGGAAAAGGACAAGAACAUAGAGAAACUUAAGGCUGAGAUCGAGGAGCUGACCAGUAAUGCCCAGCUUAUUGAGCAGUUGGAGAAAGUGAAUACCGGCCUCCUCGAUCGGGCAACCAGCGCUGAGAAAUCCUUGGCAGAACUGCAACGAAGCAUCAAUCUUUUGCGAAUCAAGGAGGAACAGUCCUCGGCCAAAAACGAGAAGCAACUCAGCGACCUCCAAGAGGAGCUGAAGAAUACCAAACUGAAGCUUCGGAUGAAAAUAGACAAGAUCAAUGCCCUAAACCAGGAACACUCGCAGAAGCUAGAGACAAACAAAAGCGAGCUGGAGGAGGCUAAGGAGAAGCAUGAGAACGAACUGGCUGCCCUCAUCGAGCAUCUGCGGCUGUCCGAGAAUACUGUCGCGGAGGUAACUGGUGCCUACACGGCGGAACUGCAGGAACUGAAGGACAACCUCCGGAAGGAAUUGGGCGAAGCUGAGAAGCAGAGCAAAGAGACUGUUUCAGUUCAUCAGGAGCAACUGAAGGAGAUCAAAGAUUUGCUAAGCCAAAAGCUGCAGGAAUCUCAUUAUAAGAGUCUCCAGGUGGCCGAGUUGAAGGAGAGGCUGCACAAGGCCGAAGCGGAGCGGGACAAGCAAUCGGCCAGGGCGAUACAGGAGAACUUGUCCUUUGAGGAUAUGAUGCGGCAACGGGACUCGGAGAAUGCAAGAGCUGUGGAAUUGGAGAGAUCCAAGGGCGACCUUGCAGUGGCUCUGGAACAAAUGACGAAGGAGAAAUAUGAGCUGCAUACUCUUUACACGAAAAGCCUAGACUUUGUGGAGCAGUUGCAGGAGCAGCUGGGGAAAGAUGACGAAAGAAGCAACCAUAAGUUUGAAGAGCUCCAAACCAAGUAUCAAAAACAGAUCCAUGACAUGGAAAAACUAAUGAAGGAGAAAAUCGCCCUGCAGUCAAAGAUCGAGGAUGCAAAGGCUGAUCACUCGGUAACCUUGGAGAGACUCUACCAACUCGAAACCGAAAUGGAAGACUUGGCGGCCAAAAAAAAUGUAGAAAAAAUUGGUCUUGAUGAGAAGGUCGAGACACUCGGGGCCAAGGUGACUGAUCUAACCCAAGAAAUGCUCAAAGCCCAGGAGAGGGCCAAGGACUACGACCAACUCCUUUGCACCCACAUGGAGCUGAAAACCUCGCUCUCUAAUGCCAAAAACUUGAGCACCGAGCUGGAGCGAAGAGUCGACCACUUGAAGUCCCAAUUAAAUGUGGCCCAUGAGAAAGUCUACAAACAGAACAAUGAAAUAGAAAAGCUUCGCAGAGAUCUGGAUAUUGCUGUCGAAGAAAGGGAGUCUGCUCUUUCGAAACAGGAGGAUCUGAUGAUGCAAGUGGAGGAAGUAGAACAGCGGAUGUCUAACCAGGCUUCGGAACACAAGAAGCAGAUGGCCGAUUUCCACGGCUCGAUAGAGGAGCUGCCGCUGAAGAUAGAGUCCCUUAAUAAGCAGAAACAGGAACUGGAGGCCGUAAACGAGGAGAUGAAGUUGAAUUUAAAGGCAUCUCAGCAUCUACAGGCCCAGCUGGAGGAGGAGCGAAAAGUAGUUGCUGAUCUACAAGAAUCCUACUCCAAUCUGAAAACUAAAUUAAAGGAUAUGACUCGUGAGCAUGCUAUGUCGAAAGUGGACAUAAAUCUGGAAAUGGAACGCAUCAAGCAGAAUCUUCGGAAAGUCACCGAAGAGUGUGAUAUGUUGCGGACCGAACUUGAAACCAAAGAAGGUUGCGAAGCUCAGCUGGAGUUGGAACGAAACCUUGUCAUCGAUCUGAAGAGUUUUCGGGCCGAUCUCGAGAAGAAAUUGAUUAUUAUGAGUGCCAAUGAGAAAAAGCAUAAUCAGUUAAUGGCUGACGCCAACGAGAAAUGCGAGCAGCUCCGCAAUGAAAUUGAAAAGUUCCAGCAGGAUAAAAUCCAAGCUGACUUGCUCAUCUCCAACUUGUUGAAAGACAAAUCGGAAAUGGAGGAAAAGCUGGCUAUUCAGAAGGAUGUAGACGCAAGUAAGGUUGAACUUGUGGCUCACUUGAGAGCCAAAGAACUAGCAGAAUUACUAGAAAGACAAAAGUUGGAAAGUGAUCUGGAAGAGGCCAACGACAAAUGCACUGAAUUGGUCCAGAGGAUCGAUGCAGUCAGUGCAGAGUGUGAGCAGUUGAGAACACUUCUUAAAACCAAAGAGUCCUUGUUCCGGACCGAAAAGGGACGUCUGGAUGCUACAAUUAGUAGUCUGGUGAGUGACAAGCGCAACUUGGGCGAAAGUCUCUGCACGCUCACAGAUCAAAUCGAAAAAUUGGAGGCCGACCUGGCCGCUGCCCGAUGUGGCUUCAAAGUACGUGGAAACACUUCACCACACUCCCCUUCCGGGUCGCCGCCAUACGCUACUGUUCCACCGCACCGACAUGGCUUAGAUCGCAACUCAGCUAUAGCUUCAAGGAAGCUAUUCAACUUGGAUUCCGAAGUGCGCAGGAAUCGAAGAAUUUUGGCCCACGACCAGAAUCGUAUGCAGUCGUGCAGGAACAACAUUCAGGAUUCUGAAACUAUGACUGAUCCAAUAGAUAUGAAUUUGAAUGGCGAUGUUGACCAUGCUCCUGGUCAACAGAAUGGGAAUCAUCCAGUAAAGGACGAAUCAAACAUCAAAUAUCAGGAGACACUUCGACUGUGUCGUUACCGUGCCGAACUCCUUGAGGAAAUGGAGAAAAAGUUAAGGGAAAUGAAAACUAACGAUACUUCCAAGGAUUGGGAGAUUUCUUCACUUAAGGCAACAUGCGAAAAUCAGGAAAUUCUAAUGGUCUCUCUUCAAAAGAAAUAUGAGGCCGCGAAAACAGACUUGCAGACACUUAAGGACGAGGUUGCUAAUCUGCGGUCAAAUAUCGCAAAAUUAACUGGCGGGCCAGCCGCCAAUUAAGUCAAGUCGUGUAUUCAAGUAUUAAGUUCUUCCGGAUUAAGUGUACAUAUUUGAAAUUAAUAUUUAUGUUUAAAUGUUUAUGUUCACCCUUUAAGUGCUAACUAGUUGGCCGCCAAAAUAAAUUAAUGUUAAAUUAAAA